AGUUAAUCUAUUACUGCGACACACCGAGCGAAUAACAGGGAGACAAUCGGCUAUCCUGAGGAUUGAUGAUUGCUAUAAAUAGACAACAGCAUCUGAAUCAGUGGACCAAGGCAUGCUAUAUAUAGUGAGAAGCGCACUGAACAGUGGAUUGAGGCAUUCUAUAUACAGACAAAAGUGCACAGAUCAGGAGACUUACACUUUCUUUAAAUAGUUGGAAUUGCACUGAUCACAGGACUGAGGCUCUCUAUAUAUAGAAACAAGUGUACAACCAGCAGGCUGCCACUUUCUAUAAAUAGGCACAAGUGCAGGACCAGAGAAGUGUUGGAUCAAAGGACCAACGCUUGCUAUAAAUAGACUAGAGUGUCCUGCCCAGUGGUUAUUAAUAGACAUCAGAAAGAUGUCACUGUCAGUGCUUGAUAGGUAACAGUGCUUACAACAGGUCACAGCAAUAUACACUUUUACAGCACCAAACUAUUUAUAUCUACCAAUCUCAGUAUAUUUUCCAGUUAAAGCCUCUGGGUGUGAGAAUAUUUUUGUCCUAAAACAGCCUGCAGUCAUACAACACGAUUUAUUACCACCUGUACAUAGAGUAGCAUCAUAUACACAAGAAAGAGGCCUUUCUCACCAAACUAUACUCAUAUAUGUAAUAUAUAGAAGGCUAAUAGGCAGGACUUUUUCACUGGAAAAGCUUACCAUUGAAAGUCAUAUCAUUCUAUUAACGUAUAUUACAGCCUUAAUGAAGGAUCAUCAUAACAUUUCUGGGAAUUCAAUAUGAUUAUUGCUUCAGUGUUUCUAUAACCGUAUUCUCAGGAUCUUUAAAUACACGGAGAGUGAACAUUUACCAUGAAAACAAUAAGUGACAAGGACUAUCAAUGCACUGAAUCAAUAUUUGUUUAUUUACGGAGAGUCGGAGUGUGUAGUAGUUAGUUACGCUAGGUAACAACAAGGAUGUACAAAAUCUUUUUAUGUGUACAGCAGCGCAUUUUCCUUCAAAUUACCAGUAAAGUGACAUGACUUUUUAUUUAACAUUCCAGUUAUACAGUCUAAGAGCUGUCUAUGGCUAAACGGUGAAAAGUGGACACAAGCUAAAAAAAUGGCAGCCAUGAAUGUAACUGCGAGUCCGUUAUAUGCUUUUUUCAACAGCACAGAUCCAAGUUUACUCACACAGUUCUCUCAUGUCAUAAAUGCAACAUCGUGGACAAACCUGCAGCCGCAGAACCUACAUGAGCGGGCCGAAGUGAUCCUUUCUCAGCCAGAAACAAUUCUUAUUUUGGUCCUGAGUUUUUUGGCUCUGUUGGUAAAUACUUUGUCUAUAUGUGCCACCGCAAGCAUCCCACAUGGUCUGACUACUCACUCCAAACUCAUCAUCAGCCUUGCUUUGUCUGAUAUUCUUGUCACAUUCAGUGUCUUUAUACACGUACUCAACAAAGUUUUAAAUCCCGCCAAAAUUCCACCACUCAUGGAUCCAUAUGAACGAUUAACAUCGUCCUGUAUGUUUGCUUUGAUCAAUGGAUUAAACACCAUGGCGCACUUGAUCUCUCUCCUAAACCUUCUAGCAAUGGCCAUUGACCACUACACUGCAGUCCUCCAACCUCUCUACUACAACACCAUUCUGAGUCGAAUUAAAGGAAAUAUUAUGAUCGCGUUGCUAUGGAUACUAGCCAUUAUUGGUGGAUUCUGUAACUUUUUAACAGGUCUUAGUACAUACAAAGAUCGUGAACGCUAUCUCAACUAUUGUGAGGUGAUCAUGUACAAUGAUUUUCAUGGGGAAUACCUGAUCAUGACUGUAACCUUCAUAUGUCUGGUUUCCAUCUCCUUUAUCUAUCUCCGAAUAUACUGUGAGGUCAAGGCUAUUAACAGUAGACUGACAUACCUACAAAAAGACAGUUUUCAUAACAAGAAGUCACUCAUUACAACGUUGCUUAUAAUCGGCACCUUCGUCCUCUGCUAUCUUCCAACAUGCAUUUUUCAAAUUGCAAUGGUGAUACAAAUUCACGUUAAUCGGGAAACGGUCAAAAAGUUGUUUGUGACACUGCUACGUGCUAACAAAUAUCUUUACGCAUUGUUAUUGCUAAAUUCUGUGUGUGAUCCUAUUAUUUAUGCAGUGCGUUUAAAAGACGUUCAAAUGGGCUACUACAGACUUCUAUCACGUUGUUUCAAGUGCUAUGCAAUCAAAAUCAAAGAAGAAUGGCAAAAUUCUUAUCUGGAUCGUCGAAACACACGCACCAAAUCUUCCAUUGUAGAAAUAGAAGAUGGCGACUCGGAUGAAAUGUGUGAGCCAAUUACAGACAAUAAUGAGCAAGAUUACGAUAUAGAAAUGGCUGUAACUUCACAAGGAACAAAAUUCUUGAUGAAUGGGCAACUACAGGAAGAAGAAAACCCAUUAUAACUGGUUUUUAGAUUAAGGAAUCAAUAUUGACUUGUCUUACCUCUCAAGACAAUUCAUUUGAGUUCAUUAUAUAAUACCUACCUAACACAACCAGUAUACACUAAUACGGGCCAUUCUUUUUUUGUUGAUUUACAUUUUUUUCCCCAAAUCUGAUCUUUAAACUUGGUGUUGAUUUGUAACAACUGUAAAUGAUUGAUUUAAAUGUCAGACUGUUCAAAAAUAGUAGUAAUAGAUUGUGUUCAUAAUUACUAUCUGAAAUUACAUCAAAUUCAAAAUUUCUCAUAUUUCAUCCCAUGCUACCAAACUUUUUUUUUCUCUUUUUGAUAAAUUUUAACCAGAGAAAUUUCUUUCUUUUAAGUGCUAACAUUGUCAUAACAGAAUGUUCUUGACCUUUAUGUACACACAUUAAUCAAUUUCACUACACGGACACUCAUGUGUUAAUAUUUCACUAUUCUGACACCCAUGUAUAAAUAUUUCACAACACUGACACCCAUGUAUAAAUAUUUCACUAUUCUGACACCCAUGUAUAAAUAUUUCACUAUUCUGACACCCAUGUAUAAAUAUUUCACAACACUGAUACUCAUGUGUUAAUAUUUCACUAUUCUGACACUCAUGUAUAAAUAUUUCACAUCACUGACACCCAUGUAUAAAUAUUUCACUAAACCACUCUCAAAUGUUAAUAUUUCACUGACGCCCACAGUCACGUGUUAAUAUUUCACUAUUCUGACACUCAUAUAUAAAUAUUUCACAACAUUGACACCCAUGUAUAAAUAUUUCACUAAACCACUCUCAAAUGUUAAUAUUUCACUGACACCCACAGUCAUGUUAAAUAUUUCACUAUUCUGACACUCAUCUAUAAAUAUUUCACAACACUGACACCCAUAUAUAAAUAUUUCACUAUUAUGACACUCGUGUAUAAAUAUUUCACAACACUGACACCCAUGUAUAGAUAUUUCACUAAACCACUCUCAAAUGUUAAUAUUUCACUGAUGCCCACAGUCAUGUAUAAAUAUUUCACUAUUCUGACACUCAUGUGUUAAUAUUUCACAACACAGACAAUCAUGUGUAAAUAUUUCACUAUACUAACAGUCAUGUGUACCAGCCAUGUGUAAAUAUUUCAUUCUACUGACAGUCAAGUGUAGAUUUUUCCCUAUAAUGACAAUUAUGUGUAAAUAUUUCACUAUACUAACAGUCAUGUGUACAAGUCAUAUGUAAAUAUUUCAUUCUACUGACAUUCAAGUGUAGAUUUUCCCUAUAAUGACAAUUAUGUGUGAAUAUUUCACUAUACUAACAGUCAUGUGUAAAAGUCAUAUGUGAAUAUUUCAUUCUACUGACAGUCAAGUGUAGAUUUUCCCUAUAAUGACAAUUAUGUGUAAAUAUUUCACUACACUGACAUUCUGUGUAAAUAUUUCACUAUACUGACAUUCUGUGUAAAUAUUUCACUACACUGACAUUCUGUGUAAAUAUUUCACUACACUGACAUUCUGUGUAAAUAUUUCACUACACUGACAUUAUGUGUAAAUAUUUCACUACACUGACAUUAUGUGUAAAUAUUUCACUACACUGACAUUCUGUGUAAAUAUUUCAGUAAAUAUUUCACUAUACUGACAUUCUGUUGUACAGUGGUAUAUAAUGCCUCACUUUGGAGUCCCAGCAUUCACCACAGCCUAUUAUAUGGAAGUUUGCCACCGUUAAAUUCACAGUCACCAUCAUAUAUGAAACCUGUUGUAAUAAAUUCCCAUUUGACAACAUCCAGGGUGAAGGACAGCACAAAAGAUUUGUAUCCUACAUAAACAAACAUGGCUUGAUGACCAAGAUGGUUUAGGAAUUUCAAAGACAUUAAAAAGAAAAUAUAUUAUCAUAACAGAGGAACUUUAAAACAACUCUAAGAAUUGAACAGCUGCAGAUGAAAUAAGAGGAUAUUAAAUCUGUCCUAACUGAUUGAAUUCAAAACUUUUCUAGUUAGUGUUUGAUUUGCUCUGUCGAGUAACAUUUUCCGUACUUCAAUAAGACUUAUAUUUCCUCAGCAACUUUUUUCGAAAAGUUUUGUCCAUCAGCAUCCAAGAGACAAAAAUAUCACUGAAACUUUUACACAGUGUGAACUUGUCACUUAUCAUAGUAAUAUCAAAUAGCAGUCAGAUUGAGAAGCACCAAUGGUGAUUACAAAUGCAGAUAUCUUGUACACAAGUUGUAAUACAUUAAACUAUGAUCAAAUAUAUUCUAAUUUUUCAACUGUUUUAAACUCUAACAUACAGAUUUUAUAACAAAAGUAAACUUGGAUUUAGAAUCAUCUUUGAUGACAAUAGCUCUGGAUACAACAUUCAAUAUUUCAGUUUCCCUGUUAUACAGAAUAUCUGAAUUUGAUUUUUACAUGUUGAUGAUGAAGUUGGUUAUAUAAUAUAAAUGAUGAAGGCCAGAUGUUAAAAGGUAUGGGGUAACAAGCCCGACCAUAUGGAUUUUCCCUGGGCAUUCCGGUUUCCUCCCACAGUAAGACCCCUCACGCCCUUACAUCCGAGCCAACAAGAGUGAUUAAUAUAAGUUGGAAAAUUUAUUUCACAAUUGUUGUAAAAUAAAUAAAGUUUAUUGUUAUUUAUCAUAUGGACUAUGUGACCAAAGAAAGCCCAGAAAUCCAUGUCCUAUAUCCCUGUACAUUUAAUUAUUUCUUGCUACAGUAGGCCUCGCGACCUUGACUGUCACUUGAGGUAAGCAAUAUUAAACAUGGAUAUAUGGUGAUCAAGUGCCACGAAAAAUAAAUCACAAUAUUGAUGAUAGUAAGGUUUAAGUGAUGUGAUUGAAGCCACCAGGUUCAAUAUGUCAUUACAUGUACCAUCAAACUGUAAGCUAAUAUUCCUAAACAAAUUAUAAUUAUUUUCAAUUGAAGUUAAGCAUAUUAUGCUCAAAAAAAUAAUUUUCCUCUAUAAACUAUGGCAUUUGAGCACAUACGAGACCCCUCCAUCCAUGAAGAGUAUUUGAUUCUGUCAUGUCAGGGGAUGAGGACCACAUCAUUCACAAAUUUGGUUCUUCUUUGACUAAGGAAGUUUCAUUUGAAUACUUUCAGAGGGUUUGAGAAGAAAUCAGAAAUGUUACAGAGCUAACAAACUCACAUUGCUGUAUCGGGUGACUUAAAAACACUGUUAAUGUCUGAAUACAUUCUCUGAAAAAUGUUUAGUUAAAAAAGUUACAAAAGUUACAAACUCACAUUGCUGGUCUCGGGUGACCUAACAACACUGUCUCUGAGAAAUAUUUGAGUGAAUUAAAACCCAUUUGUGAUAUCGUUCAUCAAACAGGUUAAUUACGAAAUUAAUGUCAAAUCUAUUCAUUAAUCUUAUUGAAUUAUCUCCCUUUGUGUAGUGUGUGGUUAAUUAGAUCAAGUAAACCCAAUGCAUGAAAUUUUUAUUGGAAAAUCUCGUUACGCAUUAUCUUCUCUAAUAGAAUUUAAAGAUGAGGUGAACCCUGUGGGCCCGACAAAGAGACUCUCUUGUACAAAGUUAUAUACCAUCUCACUCUCCUACACCUACAAUGGGAUUGUGAUGUACAGUUAAGUAUAUAUAGGCUAAAAAAAUCAGAGAUGGAAAGUAAAUUAGAGUAAUAUUGAUUUCAUUUCAUCAUUAUACACCGAACAAUAAAAUCAGACAAUCAAUGUAUACACUUAGCUCCUAUUGAAUAUUUCCAUUAUUUGAAUGAUGUGUAAUUUUCUACAGUAUCUAGAUGGUUGAAUAAACUCAAAUACAUAUCUAAGGUGUUUAUUUUUUCUAUUUCUAUUUUUCCAAAACUUAAUCACCAGUUUCCUAACUGAUAUUUCUGUAUCUUUCCAUCAAGUCAAUCUCUUCAUUGCCUUGUACAUGCUACAGUUACCCUGGGGACUGUUACAUAUCACAGUUACUGUGGGGACAGGUACUAUAGGCAUUAUGGGGACUGUUUGGUCCAUACUGGAGUUGAAGUAGGAACUGCUAAGAAUAUGUAUAGGUAUACAUGUAUAUAUGUUGAAAUGUAUUUCUUUCUAUAACAUACAGUCCUGAGCUAUAAAUAACUUUCUGGUCAGAAUUAUCAUUAUCAUAUAUCUGCAGUGACAGCUGCGUGUCAGUUUACUAACAAAUGUGUACUGUAUUCACAAGGAAUGCUGCAUUCCUUGUAUUUGCUUCAUUUAUAUACGGCAUGUGGUGAGCAGUACAUCAGCAUUAAAAUGUCUGCAUACUAAU